AUGACCAAGUCCGACAUACAAUCUUGGGUAGCCUCUGCAGAAGCACCGCAGGAACUGGAUGGCUCCGAUGAUUCUUGGCAGCGGGAUCGUGUACUGAAUGAGUGGCCUUGGGCCAUGCAGACGGCCCACCAGCGACUAGCGACGAGCAAAACGAGACCAAGGAUACGAUUCUUGAAGGAAGAACUCUUGUUUUUGGCCAAACACGCAGAUCUCAACCUAUCGCAGACGUUGGAUAUAUUCAAGUUGCUGACCGAAACAUACACCAAAUACUCUGACUCAUCCUCGAGGGACGCCGUGGAAGAUGUUGGCAGGGAGCUUGUGCGACGCGAUGAGGCUCGAGGAACGCCUGACGGUCCUGCGGACGAAAGUAAAAUGGGAGUGGCUGAACAGGUACUAGCAUGGAUGAAACUUGAAGUGAACCGUAUCGUCAAGGCAGGAUCGUCGUCCCACGCGUCUUCCAGUGUAUUCGUGCUCCUUAGCUGGACAUGCGGACUCUACACCGCGAUCCUCAAAGUGAACCCCGAAUUCACGGUGACACACUGUUGGUCUGACCUCGUUGGGUGCAUGGCGCUGCUGCUCGAUACCAUACAGGAUUCUUCGCACACGAAAAAGUCGCUGCUGCACAGCGCUCUCGUGCGUGUUCGACGCGCAAUACGCUCAGCCCCCGAGAAAAUACCAGAGCUAAUAGACACGCUCAUAUCGCACGCUCGGGCGUCAUUGCGACACAUACCGCUUCUUGGCACUUCAAUAGACGUGUUGAUACGUCUGAAGAAUGUGAAGGAACUGCCUUUUGAUCGAUUGUCGGCUGAGCGCAAGUCAUCCAUACUCAACCUGUAUACGACUACUAUCUUGAUGUCCAAGUCCCCCGUCCCUUCCCAUGUCGUGAAUGCGUACCAUGAUUUCAUUCAGCAUUUUGUUACAGCCGAGGACUUGUCAACUCUCGUCAUUCCCGCGAUAGAAAAAGCACUGCUUCGCUCGCCAGAGAUAUCUUUGAUAGUUAUAAGCCAGUUCUUCGAUGCUUACUCCCAUCCCUUGUCAAGUGAAGAUUUUCGACGGGCGCUCGUCCCUACGCUGAAUAGCUCCAAGUCCUCAAACGCUCUCGUGCGUGGAAAUGCUAUUGGGCUCUUCAAGGCCUUGAUCACCGAUGAGCUCGAAGAAUCGUCUUCAAGCCUCGCUGCUGCUGAGUUGUUGAAUUUGCCAAAGACGGGAAAAUCGAAUGGCCCCGACCACAGGACUGCCCUAUAUUCGAUGUUAUCCUACCUGCAACCGUCCAUCGCAGUGUCUUCAACGCUUAUCAAAGAUGCGACACCCUUGUUAGCGAAGGAAACCAAUGAUACCGCUAUCUCAACUCUCGCGGCUGCUCUCCCUCCUCAUCUGUCGUUCCUCUUGUCAAAAAACCAAGAUUUACCCUCCGAGAUCACAACGCUAAUACCCAAAGAAAUGAACAAUACUAAACCCGUUAUCAGACAUGCGUUCUGCUCCCUCGCUGGCGCUUCGUUGAUGGGUAUAUCAGGUCUCGACACUGACGCUGGACUCGCGUUCGCCGCGGUUCUCCUUCCUGCGUUUGAAAGUAACCUGAAAGCCGUGGCAAGCAAUCCGCUCAACGCCAGUGGUGGUCCUUUGGAAGGUUAUAUUGCCCUCUCCUGCCUUCUUGGACCAAUACGUUCCUGCAGCAAAUUUACCGAAUCUAUCUCAAAGAUUACCACGAUCCAAUCAUUGUUUGCGAGUACCGUAAAGCCUUCCUUCUUGCUUUGGGACAAGGUCUACCAGAAGGUAUCAGACCCUGCAGAGGAAAAGUGGCUCCUGACAGCCCUAUCAGCCGCGAUCCCAGUCUUCAACAAGGAGCUAACAAAGCUCGAAGUCUUCCGCGUACAAGCGGGGCUCCUCUUCAUCCACUUGGCUUUUGCCAGGCUCACCAACGAUAUCUUAUAUGAUGCGCUGGUGUCAUUCCUAGCCAACGGCAAGACAGUCACAAAGGCUUCUAGUCCUGAAGGCCCUGAUGGCACCUGGAAUAAACAUAGUCGUCUGUCCACGCUGUUACUCAGCUGCUUCAACUUCUCCGAGGAUGUUGACGCGACUCUCCGUGAGGAUAUCUUAGUCCAACUGUUGGUGGUGGCGCACCAUGAGCAUGUCUGCGAACCCUCUCGUCAAAUCUGGAUUGAAUUGUGUCAAAAGGCUGAUGUCGAUCCCUUCAAGCUAGUGGAUGGGAAUGUAGAUAGGUUGAUGAAGAACAUCCUUGCGGCAUCUACGAUACCUGCUAAACUUGGAUUCGCGGAAGCGAGCUACCGUUCUGCUACGACGCUUGCUUUCAUAGCCCCGAGUACCGUCGUCCCUCUAGUCGUCGACCAAUUGAAGGUAAACCUCGAUCCUUCGACUAUAAACGGGUUGACAGAUAUGGACCUGGGCGUCUGGUCAACACCCGAGGGCGUUCCCUUCGUUGACGUAUUGGCCUCCAAGAAGGACGACACGCCCGUCAGAAAAGGAAAAGAAGCCAAGAUGGCUCAAUGGGAAGCAGAUGUUCGGAAAUCCCUGGCAAACAAGAAACCAGCCAACGGUGUUUUAUCAAAGCAGGAUCAGGCUGCGAUCCAAGCUCAGCUCGAGAAAGAGCAGGGUAUACGCCAGAAGGUGUUUGCCGUCAAGACAAAUCUUCAACGAGGGCUGCAUUUCAUUCAGAGUCUCGUCGCAUCCAACACGGACGAGUUCAGAUUACACCUGUCGACAAUAGCUGCUUUGUUAGUUGACGGGGCUUUGCGAAAGGGAGACAUGCUAGUUAGCAAGGCCCCGUUUGACACCUAUAUCAGUCUUGCCAAAUGCUGUUCAGACAGACUAGGAGUGACUAAAGAAUGGGUGGGAAUCGCGACGCUCCGUGCGCUUGAUGUCCCAGCAGUGCCAGAAGAACUUCAAGCCGAGCCCGCAGAUUCGUUGGUUCUCAGAGUUCUAUAUCGGCUUCGGGCGUUAUCAGAACAAGCGCCGUUCGAUGCAGCCACAUUCUCCUACGCGUUCCCUCUUCUUCACCAAGUCCUUAUUCGCGGUGGAAUUAACGCAGCAGAAGGAGAUAGCGCCCUUGAACAAGUCAAGUUAGCUCUGGACAUAAUUCGGUUCCAUUGCGCAGAAUUCGGCGACGCCGCAUAUCCGCGAAAGAUGAUGAUACAAGAUCUUCUACAUAUCAUCAAGCAGCAACCUAAGCUUGCUAAGGAAGCCUCGUCGACAUUGAUUGAUCUUGGCGAAAGCAUUUUAGCGAAUGUGUCGGACGUCGAGCUCGAUUCAUUAAUAAAAGGGACGCUUGUUCAAGAGCCCCACAUCCGGAAUGCCUGCCUCUCGGCCCUUCAACCGUUUGAUCUCACCGAUUUAGAUUGGUCGCCAGAGUUAUGGAUCGCAUGCCACGACGACGACGAGCAAAAUUCCAGGCUGGCUCGACAUCUCUGGGAGGACAACGGUCUGGACGUUCCCGAGGCGUUCUUGAAUCGCCUGUUGGAGUACCUAGGUCAUGAACACUCCUACGUCCGUAACAGCGCUGCAGCGGCCAUCACGGAAGCGGUGGAGACUUGGCCCCAGUCUCUACUCACCUCCGUAUCAGUUUUGCAGGACUAUUAUCGAGACAAGGCGAAGGUACUGGCUCCGGAAUAUGACGAAUAUGGCAUGGUCAUCGCUCGCAGCCUCGAGCAAUCGGAUCCUUGGCCAGCGCGUUUGGCCGCUGCUCGCACCUUCGCACUUUUGGCCCCUCUGUUCACUUCUGAGGCUGUCAUUCCCUUCUUCGAGUUCCUCAUCAAAGAUGAAGCCCUAGCUGAUAAGGUCUCGGAAGUGCGACGCGAGAUUUUAGGCUCAGGAAUCGCCGUCAUCGAUGCACAUGGUGCUUCCAAGCUAGCGGGGUUAAUAGCAAUGUUUGAAGCCCAUCUCGCUGCUCCUACUCCGCCCACGGAAGCAGGGGAUCAAAUCAAAGAAGCGGUGGUGAUCCUCUUCGGUCGUGUGGCAAGGCAUCUGCAACCAACAGAUCCUCGCAUUCCCCUCAUUGUAUCAAGACUUGUCGAUGCUCUCAAGACGCCAGCUGAGCAAGUCCAAAUCGCUGUGUCUGACUGCUUGGUUCCCUUGGUAAAGCUAAUGGGAGACAACGUGUCGAAGCUUGUGGAUACCUUGUUCAACGAGCUUUUUAGUGCAUCCAAGUAUGCCGCACGGCGCGGGGCCGCGUAUGGAUUGGCUGGUGUCAUCAAAGGAAUCGGGAUCAGAGGCAUGAAGGAGUACAAUGUGCUCAUUAGGUUACGCACUGCAACGGAGGAGAAAAAGCAAUAUGAGCAUCGCCAAGGCGCUAUGUUUGCCUUCGAGACUCUAUCUACCACUCUUGGGAGAAAUUUCGAACCUUAUAUCACCUUCGUUCUUCCCCUGCUUCUUUCAGCAUUCGGCGAUUCUACUUCGGAUGUCAGGGAAGCUGCCCAGGACGCGGCUCGUGUUAUUAUGAGCAAUCUCUCCGGGUAUGGGCUCAAGCUAAUCCUCCCUUCGCUACUUGCUGGUUUGGAAGAGAAGCAAUGGCGCACCAAGAAGGGUUCCAUCGAAUUACUUGGAAUGAUGGCCUACUGCUCGCCACGGCAAUUGUCAUUAUCACUCCCCAUUGUUAUUCCUCAGUUAACGUCCGUCCUCACCGACUCGCACGCCCAAGUGAAGUCAUCGGCCAACAAAAGUCUGAAGCAGUUCGGUGAGGUUAUCAGCAACCCGGAAAUCCAGUCUCUGGCGCCCGUUCUGUUGAAGGCUAUGGUGGAUCCAGUCAAAAUCUCCAACGCAUUAUCUUCCUUACUCAAGACGUCAUUCAUGCACUACAUUGACCAAUCGUCACUUGCUUUGGUUGUACCCAUUUUGGAGCGGGGACUAAGGGAACGCAGUGCGGAGACAAAAAAGAAGGCUGCACAAAUCACUGGGAACCUUGCUUCCCUCACGGAUGCCAAAGAUUUCGUUCCUUAUCUUAACACGCUUCUUCCUUUGGUCCAUACAGUUCUGGUCGACCCCGUUCCAGAAGCUCGAGCCACAGCUGCGAAAGCUUUAGGUACCCUUGUCGAACGCUUGGGCGAAACGCACUUCCCGGAUCUUGUCCCGGGCCUGCUUCGAAUCCUCAAAACGGAUACAUCCGGUGUCGAUCGUCAAGGUGCUGCUCAAGGACUCAGCGAAGUACUAUCUGGCCUUGGGAUGGAGCGCCUUGAAGGCCUGCUACCGGAUAUCAUCGCCAAUGCGCAAUCUCCUCGACCCACUGUACGAGAAGGUUUCAUGUCGCUCCUCGUCUUUUUGCCGGCAACCUUUGGGUCUAGAUUCCAACCCCACUUACCUAGGAUCAUUGCACCUAUUUUAAGCGGUAUUUCGGACCAAGAAGACUAUGUUAGGGAGGCUGCUAUGCGUGCUGGUAGAAUGGUGGUCACGAACUACUCGCAUAAGGCUAUCGACCUGCUCUUGCCUGAGCUUGAGCAGGGAAUGUUCGAUCCUGGAUGGCGUAUCAGACAAUCGUCCAUUACGUUGGUUGGUGAACUGUUGUUCAAGGUCUCCGGUAUUAGCGGGAAAACCGAAGUCGAUGAAGAAGAGGUGGCUGCUACGACAGUGGCAGAUUCCUCUCGAAAAGCUCUUGUCGAGGUUCUUGGAGCUGAGCGCCGUGACCGCAUUCUAUCAUCCUUGUAUCUUGUCCGUCAAGAUAGUGUUAUGGUUGUCCGACAAUCCUCCAUCCAUAUAUGGAAAGCCUUAGUCUUCAAUACUCCUCGCACAGUGCGCGAAAUUCUCCCCGACCUUGUCACCCAGAUUAUACGGCUUAUAUCGGGCGACGAGCCUGAACAACAGGAGAUUGCUGCCCGCACCACAACGGAGAUAUGUCGCAAAUCCGGCGAGAAGAUCAUGGGUGAGAUUAUCACAGCGCUGAAGAGCAAGUCUUCGUCGUCGGACUCGCGUACGCGCGAAGGAGUGUGCCUCAUGCUUUGCGAACUUAUGGAAAGCUCUUCUGAAGGCCAGCGCGAUAGCUAUGAGGACGAGAUCAUUACCAUGGUUCGUGUCUCCUUAGUCGACGAGGAAGCCAAUGUACGGGCAGCUGCAGCCAAGGCAUUCGAUAUCCUCCAAGAGUUUAUCGGCGUCAAAGCUAUCGAUGCUACUAUUCCAACUUUGUUAGAAGCUCUUCGUCAACCAGGACAAAGUUCCGGCACGGCCCUUCAAGCGUUACGAGAGGUCAUGUCUGUCCGAGCUUCUACAGUAUUCCCUGUUUUGAUACCAACCCUUACGGCUAUUCCGAUGUCUGUGUUCAACGCCCGAGCGUUAGCGUCUCUGGUCACUGUGGCCGGCGACGCGCUGAGCAAGCGCCUGACGCCCAUCAUGAAUGCUGUGACCAAGGCGAUGGAAGAUGGCGGGGAAGACGAGCUGGUAAAUGCCGUGGAUGAAGCUAUUGAGGCUCUCAUGGGUGCUAUUGAAGAUGCUGAGGGACUGAAUACCUUGAUGAUGAUACUCUUAGGAUGGGCUAAGCAUGAUUCCCCUGUACGUCGUGCUAGCGCCUACAAACUGUUCGCGGUCUUCUGCGAGGCAACGGAGCUAGACACAUCGUUGUAUCGCGUCGACUGGAUAAGGCAGCUUGUUUCCGGCCUCGAAGAAAAAGACUCUGCGAUCCACACCGCCGCCUGGAGUGCCUUCGACGUUUUCGUCAAGUCUACUCCUAAAGAUGAAUUGGAACCUCUCGUUGUACCCCUCCGCCGCAGUAUCGAGUCUUGCGGACCGCCAGGCUAUCACGUUCCAGGGUUUAGCAUACCCAAAGGCGUCGCCCCCAUGGUGCCCAUCAUUAUUGCCGGUCUUACCACCGGGAGCAACGAACAGAGGGAGAAUGCCGCCUAUGCGAUUGGCGACCUUGUCGAGCGCACAGAAGAAAGCGCUAUCAAGCCAUUUGUCGUGCCAUUCACCGGCCCUCUCAUCCGCGUGGCUACGCAAGCAACGACGUAUCCUCCUGCGGUAAAGACAGGGCUUCUAAGUGCCUUGAUGUCUAUGCUCCAGCGCAUACCUGCAUUCGUCAAACCGUUCUUCCCACAACUCCAGCGUACCUUCGUAAAAAGUGCGGGUGAUCCAGCAAGUGUCAUCGUUCGAAACAAGGCUGCCCAGGCAUUGGGGGUCUUGAUGAAACACCAGCCGAGAGUGGAUCCUGUCGUUACCGAACUCAUUUCCAGCGCGAAAGGUGCCGACGAUGCGAUCGCAAGUAGCUUGGUCUUGUCUCUUGCGUACGUCAUAAAAAACGCGAGUGCCAAUAUCGGAGACAAGGCUCGGGAAGCAUCCGUGGAACUUGUAGCAGAAGCAUUCCGCGAGAAUCAUGACGAUCACUACACACAAUCCAUUGCAACUUUGUUCAAGUCGCUAGGGGUAUACGAGCAGUUACUGGAACCCAUCGUCAAAUCCAACCUUUGUUCAGGGACACCUCCGUCUGUCAUAUCUUCUCGGAUCAUCCUCACUGUAUUGAGCCCGGAUGACGACGACGAGAACGAGGUCACUUCAUCUCCUAACAUUUUCCAGCAGUUAGGUGUUCUGCGCAGCGUUGCACAAAAGGUCCAGGAAAGCAUGGGCAAUGAAAAGUCAUCGAUAGCACGUCCGGCUCGUGAAGCUCGCGACUUGCUAAAAGACUUGGAGGAUGAAGAUUUACGAGGUCUUUUCUAA